AUGCGGAAGGCUCAGAAUGUUUUUGUGAGAUUCUCAAAUGAAGAUGAUUCCUUGAAGUCCUUGUCUCGUGAAAGCUGCAAUAUGGAAGGGGUUGCUUAUAGGCCUUUUCAAUGGUCAACGGAUUUUAUAGAAGAUGAGGAACCGGCAUUCGCUCCGGUUUGGAUCAUGUUACUUGGACUACCUCCAAAUCUUUAUCAAGAAUCGUUCUUACGUAAUAUUGUUACGCCGAUUGGAGUCUUCUUGAGGAGAGAUAAUGCGACACACUAUGCGACUCGAACAAAUGGUGCACGGGUGUGCGUUCUGAUGAAUAUAGAUCAGGAGCGGAUUCACUCCAUUUGGAUUGGGACGCCGAGGCAUCCAACUAUCAUUUUUCAAGAAGUUGAUUAUGAAACAUUGCCUGCAUUUUGUUCUUUUUGUAAGGUGCAAGGGCAUAAUUUAAAGACUUGUAAGGCUAACAUAAAGGAAGGAAAAGAGAGGAAGAGUUUGAAGGUUAUUAAGUCUAGUAGAAUCUGGGUGCCGAUGGAUAAAGAAGAGGACGUGAAGGUUAAUAAAGGGCAAUCGGAGAAUACUACAGAGUCCCCUAUUUUGGUUUUGGAAGACUUGGAGACAGAGGAGCCUGUUUUGGAUGGGGGUAAGGAUGUAGGGAAGUCAACGUUGGAGACUGAGGCAGAUAUCGAAGACAUGGAAGUUCCAGUGCAUAAGAAAGAUAUGUUGAUUUGCGGAGAACCCAGCGGGACCAUACUAGUUGAGGAGUUGGUGUCUUUAUCAACAACAAAUCAAUUACCAUUUGCUGAGAAUAACCCCUAG